UAUGACGAGUACGGUAUUCGCGAAAUUAACGACUCUCGUGUAAACGUCACCAUUCACAAGCACCGUUUCCUUUCAAAUCCACAGAAAGAGGCAUUGAUAUCUGUGGCGCCGUUGGGCGGAGUUAUUUCGUGGUUCCCGAUCGCCAGUGCUUACAAUCAGAUGGGAUUCAGGCGGUGUUUUGUGCUCUGCGCAGUGUUGGCUAUAGUACCAUCAGUGUUCGUGCCAAUCUGUACUACAGCGAGGACAUUUUUGCUUGCUAUCGUUAUACGAGUUCUCCAAGGCUUUUCUCUGGCUGUUUUCAUACCGUACCUCUGCAAGAUGGCGUUGUUCAUUCCUUUAAACCAUAUCGCUUUUCCUGCUAUCAUCUUCGCAUACAUACAGAUAGCCGCUUUUUUCGCGUUUCCGAUAUUCUCCCUCCUUUCAUGGAGUCGACUUGGCUGGCAUUCUGUGCAUUACGGCGGAUGCAUCGCCACUGCCUUUAUUUUUGGCAUUUUCCUUCUCAUCAACUACGACGAAGUUUUCAAAGAGAAGGCCGCUAGGGAGAGCACAUUCAACGUAAGCUUCACCCACAGCUUUCUCAUUUCCCGCUUCAAC